UCUAUAGUAUACAUGAUAUGAACUAUAGUUUGUCAUCGCUGGCAAUAAAUAUUGGAACGCAGCCCAAGUAUAUUUGACAGAGGCAGAUGGGAGUAUUUUUUACUUUUCAUAUUUUGUUAUUUAUUUGUUAUUGAUAAGACAAAUAUUGACAAUCACAAAUAUAUGGAUAAACCAGAACAAUAAUAAAGUGAAUAAGAGCAAUUAAAGGCACUCUCAGUGGAAAGACACAAAAAUGGUAGAUAUAAGGGCUAAUAUUAUUGGAGAAAAUGAUUCCCACUAUGAGUCAAGGAUUCGUGCCAACAGUUCUGGCACAGGAGCUUCAACACCAUCAUCUUCUUCUGAUUAUAUGACAGGAGAAGCGGAUGACAGUUCUGAUAGCAAGGGAACUAUUCCCUUUAGCUUAAAAUCAGUGGAGACUACGCUUUCAUUGUCUAAGGAUGCUUCUCAAGAGGAUUUGCAAGAAAUGGUGAACAAGUGCAAGUCAAUGGUGCUGGAAAGCGCGGAAUGCUCGGACGAACGCAAGUGGCUGGUCCGACGGCUGAUAGAGUUGCGUUUACGCGCUCAAGAAUUGCGCGAGACCUCGAAUGAAAACCUAUUUGAGACUCACGUGAUUUUAGGUCAUCACUUUGUACCGCAGAAGUAUCACAUCACCACGUCCGGUCCUGUUUACUGCGAUCACUGCAGUGGUGCAAUUUGGACGAUGCUGCAGUCGUGGUACAUGUGCAAUGAUUGUAAAUUCUGUUGUCAUUGGAAGUGUUUAAACAACGUGUGCCGUGUGUGCGUUCACGUGGUCGCCAGCGAGGCUGGCGGUUACACUCACACGAAGGACAUUUGCCCAGAGCAAGGUCUGUCGAAGCAAGGCUAUCGCUGUGCGGAAUGCAAAACGCAAAUAACAUUCAGUAAGUUGAUAAGUUUAGGUCAAACUAUGUGUGUUGGUAAAUUUUUGUUGAUUGUCAUCCGGCGAAUAAAACAGAUGUCUGCGUUAUGUGUUCAUGGAAGCUCGUUAUUCCGUUUAUUAGUACAGUCAACGUGGGUGGAACCGCGUCUAUGCGACUACAGUGGCCUGUAUUACUGUCAAAGAUGCCACUGGAAUACAGCUAUGGUGAUACCCGCCAGAGUAAUCCGGAACUGGGACAUGGAACCACGUCUGGUGUCUCGCGCUGCGGCGCAGCUUCUGAUGCUGUUAGAGGACCGUUCUGUACUGCCUCUGGAGGAACUGAACCCAAAGCUGUUCACUUUGGUCCCAGAUUUGUCGCUGGUCAAGCGAAUGCGAGAAGAGAUGCAGAUGAUGAAAAGAUACUUGGUGUUGUGCGAGGAAGCCUGUACCCAAGGUUUACCGUGGAGGAUUUGCUUGCGCACGCACAUGAUUGAGAAUUCGGGUAACUAUUCGAUCAAGGACCUCAUCGACCUACAGACCGGCGUUCUCCUAGACGAACUCCGCACCGCCUAUGACACGAUGCACUCACAUAUCACGGAGCAAUGCGAGCUGUGCAGAGCCAGGGGACACCUAUGCGAGAUAUGCGGCAACGACGAGGUUAUUUAUCCGUGGGAUGCUAGCUCGAUUAUUUGCCAGCAAUGCUCGGCAGUGCACCAUCGUGUUUGCUGGUCUAAACGCAAUCAUUGCUGCCCGCGGUGCGCGCGUUUGCAAAAGCGCCGCGCUCUGCAGCAAGGGCAGGCGGCGCAAGACGGUGAGGAAGACUGUUGCGACACCGACGAUACCGCGAAGGACACCUAAAAACACGGAAAUUUACGCUGUAUUGUGCAUUUCUUGUAAAAUGCGUUACAUGGUCGCGCAAAUGCCAAGGAACUACACUUUGUACCUGUUUACUUUUUUAAGCGUAUCAAAGCAAUUUCGCAGGCUGUUGUUUUUAUAGAUCGAUUGUCGCAUAUGUAUAAUAACGUGCGUUCGAUUGCGAAUUUAUACAUUGUCUCGUGUGAUCUUUUGUACAUUUGUUCAAAUAUAUAAAUGAGACAAAUUA